AUGGGUAAAUUUAUCUUGUGUGCCUGGCCGUCACUUAAUAUAGAAGACAACGAAGGAAAACCAUUCAAUCGACUCGAUGACGAAGAAAUUGUUGCCCAGUUAGAAGGAUACUCAACCAAUUUGAGCUGGAAAAUGGCCGAAUGUUCCGUAGGUGACUCAGGAAGCGCACAUGCAGGAUCAACCAACUCGAAUAUAACGGAGAUGACCUGCUUGCAACAAUCGAUAUUCAAACUCAAGUUCAUAACCGAGACACCUUCGGUACUACGUAGAACCUUUCGUGCAAGACGCCAGCCGGAAAGAGAAAAACUGAACGUGAAGGGCAAACGCAUUGGAAUGGAACAAGCCUGCCGACUGGAGACAUACCGACAUAUACAUAUUGACGAGAUUGGGUCAAAGUCUUUACUGCAGUUCAAAAACAAUCAAGUCAACGGACUCGCUCAUAACAUACCCAAUGUCCCUGCAGCACACAAGUGCAUAAGAAAUUGCUGGCAGACUGCAAAGGACCGAGGUCUGCAAUAUCCAUCGCUACUUGAUGCGAAUGAAGACGUUCUUGUUCCUGCGGGAGUUGCACGCUUCGAUGACAUGGAGGACUUGUACCGAAGUCAGGCGAAUGAUGUAUAUACAACAGCUAAGUUGACGAUGAAGGCCGUUCAAACUGACAUUUUGGAGAAGCAGGAGGUGAACGCAUCAUUAAUGGUACUCUUGGAGCAGAAUCAGUAUGCGCUUUCGAUGAGGGACGAUCAGACAUUCAAACCGCGAGAUCAAUGUAACGAUACAAUUGCAAACGUGCUGAGAAAUAUACAGCACAUUGAAACAGCUACGUCUGGCACUCAAAACUUCCUAUGCAUUAUUCGGGAGUUAUUUUGGAAACAACUGAAUAUCAAAAGUAAGACGAAAAGUACAAAGACAAAUGACCCUAUGUCAAAACUGUAUACGACAAUAGAUCAUCCAAUAUUGGGAAUCGUGUGUGACUUGCUACCACGAUGGUUAAAACUAUGGUGGAGCGAGGCCAAAGAAAGUGCCACUGAUGCUCAGAUACAAUCAAACAGUAAGAAGAUGAGUACCAACUGCUACGGAGGACUUACAGAGAAAACAUUUCUCUCGAGUGUUCACACUUUGCGAUCAAUGGGGAGUCAGAUUAAAUACAUGUUGACUGAGCUGGGUAUGGAUUUCAUUCUGCCGGGUGAGAUCUGCAUUGAUAGGAUUUAA